AUGCCAACUCUUUGGACUUCCAAUGAGACAGCCAUGACUUCAAGGAGAACUCAAGAAGGAAGCAAGCUGCCUUUGCUGAUUGGACACACUUUGCCAAUGAACCAUUCUUGCCUUCAAGAUCAAAGGUGUCUAGAAUCCUCAUCCAGCCAUUCGCUAUGUGCACCGCCUCAUCUCCACCACUUUCAAUGCAAACAAGAAGCCAACAAGACACUCAUCAAUGUGAGGAAUCUAGCUAAAGACUUGGAAGGCAACAAGAAGCUUUGUGUGCGCUUUGGGAGACUCAUCACGGCCAUAGUGCAACAUGUGGGGAUUGACAUUCCCAACUAUGAGCCACUACCCAAGCCAAUCCCUUUGGAUCUCCAUGCUCUUCAGCAAAUCCACUUCCUAAACCGUUGGACUAAAGACCCAACCAAGUUUUGCUAUGAGUUUCCAAUUGGACCAACCAACACUUCGCUUGUCUUGCUGCCACAUGAAGAUAUCCCAAGCCUACGCUCAGCGCACAGUCAAAGCUCAACGCCGCCACCAAGAACGCCAUGUUCUCACACUGGCAUGGCCGCGAACCAAGCUCUAGACCGUGUGAGCAAGCUGGAGAAGAUCGUGGAGUGCCAAUCUCGCUUCAUCUCACGCCUAGUUCGUGUAGUUCGCCACAUUGCACCGGAGAGACUCUUUCGCCCUUCUUCCACCGCUAGAGAACCAUAUGAGCCUGACCUUGGUGAGUUCUCACUAGACUCAGAGCUUGGUUCAGAAGGCGAUGACCCCAUAGAAGAGGAAGAGAGUUCUUCUCACUGCCACACAUAG